GCGCCGGGCGGAAGUCGACCGCCGCUCGGACCCGGCCCUGCCCGCAGCGAGUCCCAGCCGCCCGCGGGCCCCGGAGCCUGCCCGCACCGGGUCCACCUGUCCUGCAGUCUGAUGUCUGUUCAGCCCUCCGACCACCUGGAAUGGAAUGAGUCUAUGCACUCCCUCCGGAUAAGUGUAGGGGGCCUUCCUGUGCUGGCGUCCAUGACCAAGGCUGCAGACCCCCGCUUCCGCCCCCGCUGGAAGGUGAUCCUGCCAUCCUUUGUGGGCGCCGCCAUCCUCUGGCUGCUCUACUCCCACCGACCGCCCCCAGGCAGACUCCCCGCACCCAAUGCCCACAACUGGAGGCUUGGCCAGGCACCUGCUGACCAGUACAAUGACACCUACCCCCUGUCUGUCCCCCAAAGGACACCAGGUGGGACUCGGUACCGAAUCGCAGUUAUCGCCGACCUGGACACAGAGUCAAGGGCCCAAGAGGAAAAUACCUGGUUCAGUUACCUGAAGAAGGGCUAUCUGACCCUAUCAGACAGCGGGGACAAGGUGGCCGUGGAGUGGGACAAAGGCCACGAGGUCCUAGAAUCCCAUCUGGCAGAAAAGGGGCGGGGCAUGGAGCUGUCCGAUCUGAUCGUCUUCAAUGGGAAACUGUACUCUGUGGAUGACCGGACAGGGGUUGUCUACCAGAUCGAAGGCACCAAGGCUGUACCCUGGGUGAUUCUGUCUGACGGCGAUGGAACUGUGGGGAAAGGCUUCAAAGCUGAGUGGCUGGCUGUGAAGGACGAGCAUCUGUAUGUGGGCGGCCUGGGCAAGGAGUGGACCACCACCACGGGGGAGGUGAUGAACGAGAACCCGGAGUGGGUGAAGGUGGUGGGCUGCAAAGGCAGCGUGGACCAUGAGAACUGGGUGUCCAGCUACAAUGCCCUGCGGGCCGCCGCUGGGAUCCGACCGCCAGGCUACCUCAUCCACGAGUCUGCCUGCUGGAGUGACACACUGCAGCGGUGGUUCUUCCUGCCGCGCCGCGCCAGCCACGAGCGGUACAGCGAGAGGGAUGAUGAGCACAAGGGCACCAACCUGCUGCUGAGCGCCGCCCAGGACUUCGGCGACAUCUCCGUCAGCCGCGUGGGGGAGGUGGUCCCCACACACGGCUUCUCAUCCUUCAAGUUCAUCCCCAACACCGAUGACCAGAUCAUCGUGGCCCUCAAAUCCGAGGAGGACAGCGGCAAGGUUGCUACCUACAUCAUGGCCUUCACACUUGACGGACGCUUCCUUCUGCCAGAGACCAGGGUCGGAGGUGUCAAGUACGAAGGAAUAGAAUUUAUUUAAACUGAAGAAAUGAAGCUGUUGAGCAAGGCCGAGGAGUGGGCAGUUUUAAGCUACAUCAGGACUCAGAUUUCAUAAAUACCAGAGGACUGCACUUUUAUGUGGUGUUUUGUUUGCUUUUUUUUCUUCUCAGAACGCUGUGGCAGA